AUGGGGUGGGCGAGAAUCGUUGUUAGGCAGCGGAAUCAGCUGCAGUGGCUGCUGCAUCGUCACGGUAGGACUAGUAGUAGCUUUAACGUUGUUAGCAGGCGUUUUAUCACUAUUGGCGACGCAUCGAGGUUUGGUGCAUCCACCGGCAAAGGCGGUGCGCCCACGCAGUGGCUGUUGUACCCAUUUCAGAGGAGGUGGCGCCGCUUUCGCGCACAACGGUUUCCUAGGAAGUGUUUAACCGUGGCCACAAGCACCCUUCUCCUCUUUGUUGGCUACGUUGCGCUCUGCAUACUGGUGGAGUGGCGGAUGGAGGCGUCUGUGCAGCAGCUAUUUCAGCCGCACGAGGAGUACCCGCUGGAGGACUGGUCAGAAGUGGAACCGACGCUGCGCGAGGGUGAUGUGGUGUUGCUCAUGGGUACCGGCAUCACGAGCUGGAAGAUCACCACGGCACAGUUUGUGUACAGUCUUAUGCGGCCCGCUGCCCUGCGCUUUUCGCACGCGUCGGUGGUGGUGGAGCCGGCUCAGCUGGAGCGUUGGUCGUCACAGUCCUCCGUUCCCACCACCAGCAUCUCAGUGGAGGCAUCAGAGGGUCACCGGCAGUUGCUCUCAUCCGGUACGAUUGCCGACAUGCUGCAAAGGGAGCGUUCCAUGCGGCAGCGGAAACAAAAGCGCGGGGCUAUUUUGCUGGAGGCGGUAGAUAACCUUGACAUCAACGCCCCCGACGUGGAUGGAAAGGUGCGUCAUGAGUGCGUGCAGCUUGUGGAGGCGAAGCACCGCUUGUUUGGCCGCGAGGGGAAGCGUUGGUGCUACAACCGUGUUGCCGUGAGACGACUGAAGGGGUUUGAGUGGACGCCGCAGCGAAAGCGUCUAUUGCGCAGCUUUAUCUGCGAAAAUGUCGGCCGUCCAAUGGACAAGAAUCCGCUGAUGAUUUUGAGCUUCAUUCACCCCAAACUGUAUGAAUGGACGGGAGGGCGUCAGCAGGGGACGGAGAUCAGCUGCAGCGAAUUAAUCGUGGACCUCUACAAGUACUGCGGGGUCAUCCAGAAGCGAAUGCGGAUGGUCCCGGUGAAGGAUGGCACAACUAGCACCGACGGUGACGUUGUGUUAAAUCCUGACGGCAGCUUCAGCCGCCCUCAGUGGUACUUCAAUCGCCCGAGCAUACAGACUGCCCCAUUUCACUUUGCGGAGGGCAUGGAGAUUGAUGUACUUGACUUUGCGGAGGGUGUUUCACUGGGUCCAGAAGUGCGUAUGAGCCUUCCAGGCGGGGAGAAGCAGGCGCUUUGA